GCCUGGGAUGAGCGCGGGAGGACGGCGGCGCCGUAAACUAAGAGCUCUGCUGGGGCCACGUAGCGGGGCUGAGGACUCCGGUGCGCAGGUAUCCCCGCAACCGGUGUAACGUACAUUAAUAAAAAAAUAUCCUCCCGUCUUUUUUUGCACACAUAACAGAAGCUGGCAUUACCCGUUCUGUGUGCACAUCCACGAAUGUACAUAGAUAGAUAGAGGGAGGGCAAGCAACCCUGCUGAAUCUGUGCAGCUCUGAUUGCACGAACGCAAGAAGGAGGUCGCUCUCGCUCUCUUUAGACGGAGGUAAGCCAGUGAAGCGACCGCAAAAUGUCGCUGUUUUAGUGGAUUUUCGGCACCUACGGGACUGACAUCCAGGACAGCUGCCAGGGGAAGCGCACACGGGUUUCCGGAAGCCGGUGGCCGAAGCUACGUUAAAUGGAGCUUCGAGUGAGACGUGGAGGUGCUGACAGGUGAGCAGUCUCCGGCUCACCUUCGCUUGCUCUGGACCCGAAAGACCUUGAAAAACUGACGCUGAGAUUUUGUAAUCAGAUUUUGUUUCCCAACUAUAUGGAACAAACUUUGGGACAGUUUUAAUGUCUUACCAACUGCGUGUCCUUCUCCGGACAGAAUGGACGCUCUUUUUGAAUCAGGUUGAUCGUCUCACACCUCGUCCCCUCCUUCCUAUCUCCUCAGAAGAAGGAGGGUGGGGGAUUGGCCCCCUACCCCUCCUUGCAGGCUAGGCUAGGUUAGGCUAGUCUUUUUUUGCAACAUAGUCUUUUCUCUUUUAUAUUACCUUGUGCUCACACCUGAUAUAAUCCCAUCAUCACUUCUUCAUGAAAUCCUGCCAGAGCCUGAAAGAGGAGGUUUCCAUCCCCAGCCUGGGCGGGAUGUCACAGGAGGAGGCACGUAGGACGCCUGUGUCCCAGAACUAUUAUCACUCUAAUAACCCGGAUUUGGUUCUGACGGGAAAGGUUCACAGGAGGGAGGUGAGUGGAAAGCCUUAUUCUGUGUUGGUAGACAACAAGAUGUCAGCCAAGACGGCUGGGACGGACCAAAACAUGGGUCAGGUGCCGCCUCAGCAUGUGACUUCACAGCAGCAUCAGCAGUACUUCAGAGAGGGAGCGCAGGAGGCGGGGUCGCAGGAGUCCGAAACGGGAAACCAGGAAUCCUCUGAUGACACUGAGGUUGAUGAAGAUGAUGAGGAAGAAGAGGAGGAGGAGGAGGAGAGUGAAGAGGGCUUCAAACGUGAGCAGAUCAUCGUCGAGGUGAAUCUGAACAACCAGACGCUUCACGUAUCCAAGGGUGACAACAAAACUGGAACUGCAGCAGAUGACUCAGAAAGAGGAGGAAGUGAUGAGGAUGAUGAGGAGGAAGAAGAAGAAGAAGAGGAGGAAGAAGAGGAGGAGAGCCAUGACGAGGAAGAGGAGGAAGACGAAGAGGACGAAGCGAUGGAGAGUCAAACGACGCGGUCGAGAAGAACCAGACAAAGUUCUUCAUCAGCCAGCCCGCCAAAGAGGAAAAGCCUCCGAAUGGCCCUGAGCGCCGCCACAGCAGGAAUGACCACCAGGGGGCGGCGGAGGCGCAUGGAGCCUCCAAAAAGCAAGCGCAGGUCGGGCAGGUCGACCCCGUCUUCCGCAGGUACAGAGAAGACGGGCGAGAAGGCAGAGCUGGAGGAGGAGAAGGAGAUGCUGGCGUGCGAGAAGUGUCCCCGGGUGUUCAACACACGCUGGUACCUGGAGAAGCACAUGAACGUCACACACAGGCGGAUGCAAAUCUGCGACAAAUGCGGCAAGAAGUUCGUCCUGGAGAGCGAGUUGGCACUGCAUCAGCAGACUGACUGCGAGAAGAACAUCCAGUGUGUCUCCUGCAACAAGUCUUUUAAGAAGUUGUGGUCGCUGCAUGAGCACAUUAAGAUUGUUCACGGCUAUGCAGAGAAGAAGUUCUCAUGCGAAAUCUGUGAGAAGAAGUUCUACACAAUGGCCCACGUCCGGAAGCACAUGGUUGCUCACACUAAGGACAUGCCUUUCACCUGUGAGACGUGUGGGAAGUCGUUUAAACGCAGCAUGUCUUUAAAAGUUCACUCGCUCCAGCACUCUGGGGAGAAACCUUUCCGCUGUGAGCACUGCGACGAACGGUUCCAGUACAAGUACCAGCUGCGCUCCCAUAUGAGUAUUCACAUUGGACACAAGCAGUUCAUGUGCCAAUGGUGUGGCAAGGACUUCAACAUGAAGCAGUACUUUGACGAGCACAUGAAAACACACACAGGAGAGAAGCCUUUCAUUUGUGAGAUCUGCGGGAAGAGCUUCACCAGUCGGCCCAACAUGAAGCGCCACCGCCGCACGCACACGGGCGAGAAGCCGUACCCCUGCGAGGUUUGUGGCCAGCGCUUCCGAUUCUCCAACAUGCUCAAAGCUCACAAGGAGAAGUGCUUCCGGGUCACCAGCCCCGUGGUCCUGCAGACUAGCGGCUCCUCUGUGCCUGUCCGCCUCUUCGCCAACGCCUUCUCCUCCCCCGCCUCCUCCUCUUCCUCUCCCACCACCGUCCCCGGGCCCUCAGCGGCAACCCCCGCCACCACUUCAGCUUCUGUGGGCCUCGGCCCGACCGGAGGGCCCGUUCCGCAGCAGGGCUCCGUCGGACAUGCGUUCUCCCAUGUGCAGCUUCAUUCAGUGCCCUCUCAUCAUCAUCUCUCCAAUGCGCCGCAGCAGGCCAAUCCUCACAGCCACCACCACCUGGUUGUCCCUCCUGUCGCCCACCUUCCACCUCCUCCUGCUCUUUUCAAGAGCGAGCCACUUAACCACUGUGGGCACGAAGACAGCAGCUACCUGCACCACAUGGCUCCCCUUGACAAGGGUCCUGGAGCGCCACAGCACCACUGAACCUGUGCAGCAUCAAACCAGACCUUGUCUUCUUAAAGCUCCGCCUCAGUUUCUCAAUCACAGGAACCGGAAGCCGGAUCUGCAGAGAGGAGUUUGUUGCAGACAGCAGGAUGAGAUGAAAUAGGAGCAUACAUGUUCCUUCAGACAAUGCAGGUUUCCUACGUAGACGUGGCUCGACUAGAAUUAAUCUAAACUCAUAAACAUUAAGGAUUCAAACUGUUGCACCAUCCGUGCACACAUUAAGUGAGACAUCACUUUAAAAAACUGUUCAACCUGGCAAAGGUUUUACAAUCGCUAGAAAUUAUUCUUCAGAAAACGACUCUGUGUGAACAUCUCUCUCCACAUUUAAUGGGUGGAAACUGGUUUUCAUCACAAAUAAAAGCUGCUGAUGGAACUCAAAAUCCAUAAUACCUAGACUCCCUGGAUCCUCAAAGAUUUGUUUCACUGAACUUUCCUCUUCUUUUUAUUUUGUUAAUUUGACUCAAGGUCAUACAUUAGUCAGGACAUGAGCUUCCUGUGCCGCUCAUCCCCAUAGCAAUAUUGUACUUAUUCUCCAAGCUGUAGUGCAGAAACCUCAUGGGCAAAAAAAUGUUUAAUGAAUGUUGAAACUGGGCCUACCUGAGCCUUUUUUUUCCUGUACAGCGGCCAAUGUUAAAGGGACAGUUGAGAUUUUUAUAUCAAUGUUCUGUGGGAUAAGCUACAGGUAUAUGCUCUACCUGUAGUAGACAGAUGUCAUAUUGGAAUGAGUUUGUGUAAACAUGAACAUUCUUCUUACCUUGUUGGUAGUUAGGCUAACUGCUAAGAAGAGGAGACCACAGAUUUUAGCUAUUUUAAACAAACUGAAAAAGUAUCUUUCAGAAUACUUCUGUCUUUUAGUCUUUUAACUGAAAAACAUCCCUGUUAUAGUGCAAAAUUGCAUUAUUUGAGGCUCUCCAGCUGCCUCAUCAUCUCCAACUGUCUGAUCUGCUCAACGUCUGCCAAGAACGAAGCAUUUUCGUUUUGCAUUAGACUGUCAGUUUUGCAGAUGUAUCACUAUUUAGCUGUUUGGAAAUUAUUUUGAGUUGACUUGUGAUCAGUUAAACACAAUCUGUCAAUAUUACAACCCUAAUGUAACCGUCCAGUGAUGAGCAAUAUUUUACUAGCUCACAAAAUGACCCUCCCUCCCCAAAACUGUUAUCUUAAGAUUUUCUAAAUUUGAUAAGUAAUGCAAUUGUCUCCAACAUAGCACUCUUACAUAUAUUUAAUAUUAGACAUGCAUGCAGAUACCAGAUAGGCUCUCAUUUUCUGUAAACAUCAGUGUGAAAGGUACACUAAGACUUGGAUUUAUGUAAAACUGCACAUUUGUGAAAUCAGAGCAACAAAUUGACCAUAUUUUUGUUUCGUUUGUUUUAAACGUCCAUUUUAAACAAUGCCAACUGGGUCUAAAUUUUCUUGCAAAUGUAAUUACUAAAACCAACUAAAAGAGCCCCUCGUCUGGUAGUUUUCCUUCGCUCUAAUUAUUUCUUCACUAUUUUGCAAACUCGCAAUGCUAUGGCAUCUGUCUGCUACAGCUAAGGCAACAAUUACUGAUAAGUUCACAGAACCUCAGUUCAAAACAUUUGAACUAUCCCUUUAGGGCCGUCAGUCAGGGGCAAACAGCAGUAGAGUAAAAUGCAGUGCCAUAGGUUACAGUGAGAUGGGAGAGAUUAGUUUUUAACUACUGUGUAAAUUAAAUUGAAUCUAGACAAAGUCUCAGAUUUAUAUCCGUAAAAAUGGUGCUUUUCAUUCCAUUACGUAAAAACUCCUUAUUUUGCUUUCUAGUUCAAUUUUCAUAACCUAAUCUAGUGUGUGUGGGGAAAAAUUUGUGUUCUUUCAGCCUGGCUUUUCUGCAGUGAAAUUAAAUGUUUGACUUGAUAUUUUGUGAUCGAGAUGACUUUAAUUAAACGAGAUCUGCCCCAGGCACACACACAUACACACACACACACCCCACACACAUUCAAGCAUACACACGGUCACUGAUUUACCUACAGCGACCAGUAGAACCUCAGCUUACAGGACUGUUGGUCAAUGUUUGCUUUUAGAAAAUGAAUGACUGUCGAAUAAUACUGCCACUGUGAGGGGCCAGACAUGUGGCCCUGUCUGCUUUUGUCCUCUAUUUUAUUUUUUAUCCCCACCUCCCUUUGCUGCUGUUCAAACAAUACGGGUUACCAUGUUAAAGGUCGCCUGACACACACACUCACACACACACAGUAUACACAACUGGGACCUUUUUCAUUGAAGCUCUUAACAGUAUAUUAUGCAUUAUUCCUCAGCCUGUAUUCCACGGUUUGGUGUGGGGUGGUGUAAUGUAGAGGCUAGACUUUAAUUUUAUUUUAUUUUAUUUUCUGUACUGACAAACUUUGGUCAACAAAGGCCAGCGCAUGUGUAAACCUGUUGAAUGUUGCCUAAGCCGAAUGAUGGUUUAUAGAUCAUUCUUGUUUCAUGUUCUCAGAUUAUUUACUUAGUUUUUAAGCUAAUGAACAGCCGUCACAUGCAGUUAACAGCAGAUCUUUACGUACACUGAAUAAAAGGAUGAUUUUUAUUUCUCAUCUUCUGACAAACUUUUCCUGUUUUUAGAUCAGAUUUACAAUUAUAAAAAUUAUUUCUGUAUAAGAAGUACUAGAAAAAUUAAAUGGGGAUUCUUUGAGAUUCUUUUAUUAUUUCUUCAAAUUUAGAUGUUUACAUAGUUCUCCUUAGUAUUUGGUGGAAUUGUAGGAAUUUGGCAGACAGAAGUUGUUACUCAGUCACCUUUUCAGCUCUUCCCACGGGUUUUGUGGGCCUGAGAUUACAGCUUUACAAUGGUCGCUCCAAAACUCCCAAUUUGUCGUCCUCUAGCAACUUAAUUGCUGUUUUGGAUGCUGACGGUCAUUACUCAGUUGGUACAACUGUUUAAAUUCAACCUUUAAAUUCCCAGCUGUCAUUAAAUGCUGCCUCUGUGUUUUCACAUAAUGAUGUUUCUUCAAGAUCCCAUCUAUUUUGUUAAGUACAACAUAAUGCUGCCACCCUCAUACUUCACAGUUGGGAUUGUAGUUUUUUGGCUAGCAAGCUUCAUUAUUUUACUUUUUUUUUUUUUUUUGCAGAAAAUGAUUCAAAGAUCAUUUUGGGGCUAGAAUUUUGGUUUUAUUAAACGAGACAGGUUUCGAAAAAUGUUUGGAACUUGACUUCUUCACUGAGUAGCCUUUUAGCUCAGAAAUUGAUAAGUUUCUGAGCAGUUUCAACAACAAUUUUGGGUUGAUUCUCACAUGUCAUAUAUAGAAGCUACCUGACUUCUGAGCACUUUGAUGGCAGAACAUUUCCAUGGUGUUUAUACUAGCAUAAAGCUGUUUGAACAGAUGAACUUGACACCUUUAGGGAGUUGGGAAACGUGAAUCAAGUGGAGCUCCACAACUCUCUUGCUGAUUUCUUUAAAUUUUCUAUAGUGUCAUAAAAGGAAGCUGUGUUUUUGAGGGGUUGCCUUAAAAUGCAUCCACAGGCAAGCCUCCAUUUAACUCUAGUGUUGAGAAUUAAUCAAUCAGAUUCUUAAUAAGCAUCUGGGCUUUCCUGAAUAGUUUAAAAGGAUAGUCAUUUUAAUGUAAAACUUCUGAUGUUUAAAAAACUCAAAACAUAUGAAUGAAAUCCAUCAUUAUUUACCUAAAAUGGUAAAAGCUUAGUUUGACUUAAUGUCUAACGGUGAGAGGGUAAAAACUCAUUUUUAUAUUGUGUAUGUAAACAUCUGGUUUCAACUGUUGAUGUACUGUCAGCACAUGAUAGGAAAUGUCAGGAUAAGAGGCAGUGGUCAGAAAAUGUCAUGAAACUGGGGUUCUUCUGUUGGCCAAAAGGUGUGUGUCUGGUGUUUUAAGGAGCAGAAGCCGUGGGCUUGUUUGGUCUGAAUUUUUCCGGUUCUUGCCGCCUCAGACUGAUAAUACAUUGAGAGCGUAUUGUGCAUGCAUUGGUCUCAGUUUGGAUCUCUUACCCAAAGCUGCUUUUACAAUGUGUCCCAAUAAUGUGUCAUUAGAGGAGUAAAUGGGUAGGAGGGCGGACAAUAGGAAUAAAAUAACCCAUCCUGUCAAUCUGAUGGUAGUCUGAAGUGGUUAAGUUCAGUAGUUUAGUGCCAGGCCUGCAAUUAGCCUGCCAUCUCUGUGCGUCUUAAUACUGCUGCAAUAUUAUUUGCUAUCAUUCAAUCUCUGUAGGCUCACUGCUGGGAUUCAGGAUUUUGCAGUAGGGGUAUUUUCAAUCUUGUAUUGUUCCUUUUAUUUUUUAUUUUUAAAGCCUUUUGUUAUUCUCUGCACUUUACUGCUGCGUGGGUGAUGCGCAGGGAACGGGGUUAGGGGAGGAGGUGACAAUGCAUUGUGGAGCAGAAUGCAGUUGUGACUGUAUGGGAAAUGGAUGGAGGCGAUUUACUUUAGAGUGGAUUGUUUUGUUUUUUUUCUAAGGCAAGGAAAGGAGGAGAAUCUGAGGUGGAGGUGGACGGUGUGCAAGGGACCAUAGCUAAUAUACACAUCAAUGUACUUAACUUCAUUUUGAGAAAAAUAGCCUUCAGUUUGGACCUUUCCUUCAAAGUACAAAUGAUGAUCCUGCUGCUUUUGCGCCAUCACACACGCCCCUCCAUGUAUUAUUGGAAAUACGUUCGUCAUUUUAUUUUUUCCCGUUGUGUCCGUUUUCUCUGUUGCAAAAUGAUUCUCCUCCUCCUUUCUUUGUUAUAUAGAAUGCACUUUGUACUAAAAUCCUCGAGUAGUUAAAAAAAUAACAUUGUAUAUUCUUUAAAGAUGUUUUUAAAAAAAUCAAUAUUCUUUCCCCUUUGUAUUUUUAACCACUUAAUGUAGCAUUGUGUAUUUUAUUAUUGUAUCUGGUACAAAAUGUGCAGCUUUAUAAUGUCCUGUUUUGUCCUUUUUGUAUGUUUUCUGGAGAUUGAGGAUAAGUGAUAAAAAGUUGGGCCUUUUUUUGAUAAUGUACAUUUAACUGACUGCUAACUUUGAAAAGUAAAAACUCGUAGCCAUGA